AUGGAAAUAGUGGGGUGCCGAGCCGAAGAAAAUACUUGUCCUUUCCGUCCCCCAGCCAUGCUUUUCCACGGAAUCUCCGGGGGCCAUAUCCAAGGGAUCAUGGAAGAGAUGGAGAGGAGAUCCAAGACUGAGUCCCGCCUGGCCAAAGGAGGGCAGAUGAAUGGCAGAGAAGCGAGUAUGCCCCCUAUGAGCCCCGAAAAGCCUGCUUUGUGCGCUGGUUGUGGAGGGAAGAUCUCAGACAGAUAUUACCUGCUGGCCGUUGACAAACAAUGGCACCUGAGGUGUCUUAAGUGCUGUGAAUGUAAACUGGCUUUGGAGUCAGAGCUCACCUGCUUUGCCAAGGAUGGCAGCAUUUACUGCAAGGAGGAUUACUACAGAAGGUUCUCCGUGCAGAGAUGUGCCCGCUGCCACCUUGGGAUCUCGGCUUCCGAGAUGGUUAUGAGAGCCAGGGAGUCUGUCUAUCACCUGAGCUGCUUCACCUGCACUACCUGCAACAAGACUCUGACCACCGGCGAUCACUUUGGCAUGAAGGACAACCUGGUUUACUGUCGGGCCCAUUUUGAAACCCUCUUACAAGGAGAAUACCCCCCGCAGCUUAGCUACACUGAAUUAGCGGCUAAGAGCGGCGGGUUGGCACUGCCUUACUUCAACGGCACUGGCACUGUCCAGAAAGGGAGGCCCAGAAAAAGAAAGAGCCCAGCCCUCGGAGUGGACAUCGUCAAUUACAACUCAGGUUGUAAUGAAAAUGAGACGGAUCAUUUGGACAGAGACCAGCAGCCUUAUCCCCCGUCCCAGAAGACCAAGCGCAUGCGUACCUCCUUCAAGCACCACCAGCUCCGGACCAUGAAAUCCUACUUUGCUAUAAACCACAACCCGGAUGCCAAGGACCUCAAGCAGCUUGCCCAGAAAACGGGCCUGACCAAAAGAGUUCUGCAGGUUUGGUUCCAAAACGCACGAGCCAAAUUCAGAAGGAAUCUUUUGCGGCAGGAGAAUGGGGGUGUUGAUAAAGCUGAUGGCACGUCGCUCCCGGCACCGCCCUCAGCAGACAGCGGCGCUCUCUCUCCACCCGGCACUGCGACCACUUUAACAGACCUGACCAAUCCCACUAUCACUGUAGUGACAUCCGUGACCUCUAACUUGGACAGCCACGAAUCCGGAAGCCCCUCACAAACUACCUUAACGAACCUUUUCUAA